UCGAGCAGCAGAGCGGAUGGUGGCGAAGCAGCGCUGUGAAGAGCAAAUUUAAGUGAAAAUUCCGGCAUCAAAAGACACCGAUUAUGGCGGAAACACCAGACAAACGGAAGCUGAAUGAAUUGCGUGUGGUUGAUUUGAAACACGAGCUGGAGAAACGGGGCAAGGACGGCAAUGGAGUGAAAAAUGUGCUGUUGGAGAGGCUUACUCAGGCUCUGCGUGACGAGGGUCAAGAUCCGGAGGCGGUAGAGUUCGAAAUCGUAGCGGGGAAGGUUGCGACGAAAAAGGGCAAGAUGACAUCGGGUGGUAAAACGGACGAAGAAACCAACGACAAGGAGGCCGGUAGCGGUAACGAGCAACCCACGGCAGUUACGGAGGGCAAAGAAAACGAUGAGCCACAGGAAAUACCGAUCGUGACGAUAAUCGAGGAUGAACCCGUGAUUAAAAUGGAGCCUAUGGAAAUAAAGGAGGAGCCAGAGGAUACCGUAGAACAGCAACCGGAGCCCGUCGACGCUGAACAGAAGGAGGAAGAGGAACUUGAGGCUGAAAGUAUUUCUACCAACGAAAUCAAGGCAGAGGAACACGUGAAUGGUGACGAGCAGACUAAGGAAGAACUAUUCGUCAAGCCGAGUGACCCAACUCCCGCGGUAACAACGGAACCGGUGAUUGGCGACACUCAAAAGACAGCUGAGAUGAAAGACGAUUCAAAGGAGGCAGACAACGAAGAUUCGCUUAAUCUUACAAUCGGAGAGGACGAUGAAAAGUUGCUGCAUGAUAGCAACAUCGAAGGGGAUUGCAAAGAAGAUGAGACCGAAAGUGGAAAAGAGGUAACACAGAAUCAAGACAACGAUUCAGUAGCGGCUGAAGAGGAAGACAAGAGCGAUAAAGCAGCAACAACGGCGGCCACUAUUGAGAAAGACGACACGACGACAGCAAAAACAGCUUCAACUUCAUCACCCGGCAACGAUGGUAGCAGUGCAACCGGAGCGAGCGAAAAGUCGACGCCGACCACCACCUCUACAGGACCCACCACCGGCACCACCACUUCGACCGGAAGCGACAAAGGCGCACCAGCAGCAACCGCAUCGACCACAGCCGAUGCUAGCGGCGAUGGUGGUGGUGGUGCUAGCAGCGGGAGCAGCUCUUCAUCAAACGUGGGUCGCAAUCUCUGGGUAUCGCGGCUAUCACAGCUUACCCGGGCGACGGAUUUAAAGCAGAUAUUUUCCAAGUACGGUAAGGUGAUGGGCGUCAAGGUGGUGACUAACUCGCGCACGCCCGGUGCACGCUGCUACGGAUACGUUACAAUGGCCUCUGCCAAGGACGCCACCGAGUGUAUCAAUCAUCUUCAUCGCACCGAGCUGCACGGGCGUUUGAUUUCGGUCGAGCGCGCCAAAUCGGAACUGGCACCUUCGCGUACAUCAUCGACGACUACGACGACAUCGACGACCGGAACAACGGAUGCAGGUGGCAAGAAGACAACAGCAGCCACUGGUAACGGUACCAAGGCAGCAACGGGCAAAGGCGACAACAAGGCAAAAUCAUCAUCCAACGAUAAGAAGAAGACCGGCGAUACAGCGAAGCAGGCAUCCGGAGAAGGCAAAUCAGCGACCAAAGCCACCGAAGAGAAGGAGCGCAAGGGUGGACUGCAAAAAGACGGGAAACCAAGAUCCAGCCGGGCGAGUGUGGAUCGCAAACGUCGUACGACGGGAGCCGAGCAAUCGCGCAGCGUCAGCAACAUACGAAGAAGCAGUGGCGAGCAAGGAGGCGGAAAGACGGUGUCCGAAGCGGGUACUAAGCCCAGUACCAGCCGUCGCAGCCGAUCGCCACAUGAUCGUCGUUCCGGAACACACCGUUCGACAUCGCAGCGACGUGAACCGCGAUCUCGCAGUCAACGCAGCGGCGGUGACCGUGGAGAACGGGCACGAUCGCGUGAUCGCGAUGUACUAUCCUUGCAGAAGAUCCGCGAGGAACGGGAACGCCAACGGUUGCGUGAACGGGAGCGGCUACUGCGAGAGGAGGAAAGACGACGGCGGGAGGUACGGGCACGCCAACGCGAAGAGGAGGAGCGGCUGGAACGUGAGCGGGAAAAGCUGGCUGCUGAACGCGAACGCAUUGAGAAGGAGAAGGCUGAACUGUUGCGGAUCGUGCGCGAACGCCAGAAGCUCGAACGCGAGAAGAUCGAACUCGAGCACCUGGAGCUGAAGCGCCAGCAAAGGAAAAUUGAGGAAGCUAAGAGGUCGCUGAAACGCCCAUCGAGCGAUCGGUAUGAUGAUGACCGUAAACGUCCGACAACGGAUCGCCGGGUUGAGGCACCACCGCCGCCGCGUUUCGAUUCUACCAUUUCGUCCAGUGCUGGACGCUCAAAUUACGAUCGCAUUUCAUCGGUAGACAAAAAGCGAUCCGACGAUUAUCCGUCAUCUUCCUCAUCCAAGCGCGAUGAUUUCCGUCGCGACAGCUUCAAGCGCAGUGACGACUACAGUGGGGGCAGCAAACGUGGUGCAGAUGAUUAUAACAAGCGCGGAAGCGACAGCUACAAGCGGGACUCGCGGGCCGACUAUAAAUCCUCCGGUGGUGGUCGCUCGAGUGAUGAUUAUGGAAAGCGCGACAGCUACAGUAAGCGCGAUAUCGAUCGUCCCUCUUCUAGUUCGUACGAAAGCCGUAGUGGAGGAGGCGGUGGCAGCAGCUCGGGUGGUGCCGGUUUGCUAUCGCAACCGAUUGGGAAGGACAGUCGGUACAGUGACCGCUCGAACGACUAUCGGGGCAGCGGUGGUGGGGGCAGUGUUGGCGGUCUGAAUGGUGGCAGCGGUGGCCGUAAUGACGAUCGUGAUCGUAACAAUUCCUCUGGCAGCCGCUACAAUGAUCGAUCGAGUGGAGGAGGUGGCGGAGGAGCAAGCACGGGCGGCAAUGUCGGUGGUGGCAGCUGGCACAGUUUCGGAUUGUCGCAAACCAACAACAUCUCUUCACUCGGCAACUGGACGGACAAAGCGAAUGACGGAAGUGGCGUUGGUGGUGGCGGCUGGCGUAAUAUGGACAAUGGGCAGGAUCGGUACGAUCGUACGUACAACGAGCGCAAGCCACUUCCAAUGUCAUCCGGCAACGCCGGUGGCUUCUUGGAUCAAUCCCGUGGCAAUCAGUUUAUGGGAGGAGGCAAUAGUGGUGGCGGUGGCAGACCACAAGACCGUUAUGGACAAUCGGUGUCCAAUCGAUUCGAUAAUGGUCGCUAUUGAACAACAAGGUUCGCCGGCCUCAUUUUACUGUGAAUAGAUUAUGUGUUUCAUCUCGACUCUCAGGCGCCCGCCGUUUGACACCCGGAUGAUACUUUCCUUGCGCGGGAAAGCAACUUUAAUUUUAAACACGACACGCACGUGAAGCCUAUAUGUAGUUUUGAGUAAUUUGAAAUAGAACUAUCUUAAACUUAAAAUAAAA